AUGGCUUCGAAUACUCGUGCAUCCUUCGAGCGCACACGCUCCGCAGCGAGCUUGAACGAUGGGGCAUUCCACGUGUUUUCUAUCUUCGCGAUCGAAACAGUCACCAAUUCCACAGUAAGGACUCUUGUCAACAAAACAACUCUCGUUCUGGCUGUCUGCAGGGUUACUGAUAUUCCCGACAGAUGGCCCCCAAGAAACCCCCCACAAACGCGGUUGCUAACCACUUUAUUAGAACUUGAAGGCCGGCAAAGCCAGAACUUCCAAAACGUCGUGCAACGUCUCUUCGGAGACAAAGUCACGAAACGUCGUAUGUUUGAUCCUCUAUCGACCGAUGCCACGCCGAGACCUCGAUGA